AUGGUGCCAUUACCUCUCUUCAAGCUCGCUGCACUCUUUGUGCGACACAUUUCCAAAUAUGGUGCCAACCAAAUAAAAGCACAAGCCCACGAUCAUCCCAAGUUCCGCGCCUUCGCCGCACGUUAUGGCCAACACAUACAUCAGCUCAAUAUGCGCCUAUCGGUAGCCCUUCUCCGCAAUCCAGACGCCGAGCAACGCGCAAAAGAAAAGGCUGAGUCGGCGACCGUCAAGACGAAAGAACAGGUCGAAAAGGAGGAAGCUAAAGCACUGAAGGCUAAGCUCGCAGCUGAGAAUGCUGAUCUUGCGAAAUCGAAGGCCGCAGACUCUAUAUCGGCCUCCGCAACUCCUACCUCGUCAUCCUCCUCUGCCUCCGGCACCAGCAGCGCCAGCAGCAGCACCACUAGUGGUAGCGGUAGCAGCAGCUCGACCAAAGACCGCCCCAGAUUCAAGAGCGUCUGGCGACGAAAGUUCCGCUCCCUCCCCGAAGCCAAGGCAGUCGACCUCUUUGCCGACGUCAUCGGAGACACCUUUAUUCUCGGCGUUGCGAGCGCCAUCAUCCUCUACGAGUACUGGAAGGCGUCCCAGAAACCGGACCAGAACGCGGAGCGCAUAAAGGUCCUCGACGCCAAGCUCGAGGAGCUCACCCGCCGCGAGGAGGCACUCUCGCAAAAGGAAGCGGAGCGGACUGAGAGGUAUCAUGCGCUCGAGACCGCGCUCAGAGAGCUGAGGGAUCCCAAGACCAAGAAGCCUCUGUUGCCGACCCUGCAAUUAUUGCCGGCGUCGACGGAGACUCGGGAGACGCAGACGCCAAGUGCGUCCGCGGCGUAG